CAUCAAUCUAAACAUUUGCUUAACCAUUUGCUCCAAACUUUGGCCAUCAUCUAUCUCUACUAUCAUUACCAUUACCAUUACCAUCCACACCACACUUCCAUAGCCAGCCAACGCGAUGGAGGUCGGCACCCCCGAUCUCAAAUCUCUCGUGCUAGAGAAUUCUCGACGCUCCAAAUCGCUCUUCGCAGAUCCGUCAGCCCGCAAGAAAGUCAAGCUGACCGACGACGCGCUCGAACCCCAACGCGAGAAAGACGCUCUAUCCCUCCGCCUCCGCGCCGAAUACCAAUAUGUGCGAGACCUGCCUCCCGCCCUCGCCCAGAAGCAGGCGAGCGCCAUGAGCGCCAGGAAGAAGGGCAAGAGGCCAGCUGCGGGCGAACCCCCGGCCGCUCCAGAAGACCAGAAGACGCAGAAGCUGAUCGAGGGCAUCGCGCAAUCCUCCUCGUCCGGCACAAGUAACCUCCCUUCAAACUCCAACGCCCUAGUCCAUCUGCAACGACCUCCCGCUGCCGCAGCCGGUUCCGCAGCCGGUUCAAACACCACCGCAUCCCAAUCCCUAAGCGUCGCCCGAGCGCAGGCCACGCAUCAAGCCAAGCCCGACUGGCAUCCCCCAUGGAAGCUCAUGAGGGUAAUUUCGGGCCAUCUAGGCUGGGUGCGUGCCCUAGCCGUAGAGCCGCACAACCAGUGGUUUGCCAGCGGCGCCGGCGACCGCACCAUCAAGAUCUGGGAUCUCGCAACGGGGAACCUGAGGUUGACCCUGACGGGCCACAUAUCCACCGUGCGCGGCCUCGCCGUGUCCCCUCGACACCCGUACCUGUUCUCCUGCGGCGAGGACAAGAUGGUCAAGUGCUGGGACUUGGAGACGAACAAGGUCAUUCGCCACUACCACGGCCACCUCAGCGGCGUGUAUACCCUGUCGUUGCACCCUACCCUCGACGUUCUAGUGACGGGAGGCCGAGACGGCGUAGCCCGCGUCUGGGACAUGCGCACGCGCAGCAAUAUACACGUGCUCUCGGGCCACAAGGGCACCGUCGCCGACCUCAAGUGUCAGGAAGCCGACCCGCAAGUCAUAACCGCCUCUCUCGACUCCACCGUGCGCCUCUGGGACCUCGCCGCCGGCAAGACCAUGGGCGUCCUCACGCACCACAAAAAGGGCGUCCGCGCGCUAGCCCUGCACCCCAGCGAGUUCACCUUUGCCACCGGCAGCACCGGCAGCAUCAAGCAGUGGAAGUGUCCCGAGGGUGCCUUCAUGGGCAACUUCGACGGCCACAACGCCAUCAUCAACUCCCUCGCCGUCAACGAGGACGUCCUGUUCUCCGGCGGCGACAACGGCUCCAUGAGCUUCUGGGACUGGAAGACCGGCCACCGGUUCCAGGCUUUGGAUUCCAUCGCCCAGCCGGGGUCCCUGGACGCUGAGGCCGGCAUCAUGAGCUCGACCUUCGACCGCACGGGACUGCGGCUUAUCGUCGGCGAGGCGGACAAGACGAUCAAGGUAUGGAAGCAGGAUGAGAAGGCGACGCCGGAGACGCAUCCGCUCGAGUGGAAGCCUACGCUGGGGAGACAAAAGUAUUAAUCAAUUAAUUAAUUAAUUAGGAGUAUAAAAGGAAAUUGCGUAAUUUGUAUUGUAUUGCUCGCACUUAAGGGCGUGCUUUAUUUAGUAUAGACAUGC